AUCUGUCUAUGCAUUGUCCUGUCGUAAUAUUUUCUUUUUCAGAGUAUUUUCUCGAGGUUUGUUAUCAAAUCACCUGUGAUUACAUCAACUAAUAACUUACUUACGUGUUACUGAUUUCAUAUUGCGUCAAAACAGAUUUUUUUCGUUCAUACGUGCUCUGCGCUUAAUAAUAAUGGCAGAUCUUGGAGAGAAAUAUAAUACCAAAUGUCCAGGGGUAAAACGUCUCAUGAGAGAAGCCCUGGAAUUGGCAGAGGCCACGGAAGAAUACUGUGCACGGCCGUUGGAAGAUAAUCUGUUUGAAUGGCACUUUACCGUGCAAGGACCUAAAGGUACUGAUUUUGAAGGUGGUAUAUAUCAUGGCAGGAUACUAUUGCCAAAGGAGUAUCCUAUGCACCCACCUCACAUAAUAUUAUUAACACCAAACGGACGUUUUGAAGUCAACAAAAAGAUUUGUUUAUCCAUUUCUGGCCAUCAUCCAGAGACUUGGCAACCAUCUUGGUCAAUUAGAACUGCACUGCUAGCACUGAUUGCUUUUAUGCCAACUCCAGCUGAAGGAACUAUUGGAUCCCUGGACUAUACCCCAGGUGAACGCAAAUUAUUGGCAAAGAAGUCCAUAAGUUGGGUGUGCUCUCAGUGUGGGGAAAUAUCAAGUUUACUGUCCUCUACAGCAGCCAAGCCCAUGACAGAAGAGGAGAAGUCUGUAUUGAAUCAAAUUGCCUUUAAAGGUGAAGAAGAACAAUCUUCCAAGCCUCCCGAAGAACCAGCGCUGGAAAUGGAGCCCCAAGUGUUGGAAUCAGUGGAGAUUACAAGCUUUUUGGACAAAGUAACAGAAAUAUUGGUAGCUCUUUUGCUAGGAGCUAUAUGUAUAUUUGUGUACAGGCGCUGGAAUGCCCAUCACCCCACAUCAGAAGCUGAACUUUAAUGACACAUAUAAAAGUAAUAUAAGAAUACAUUUAGGUUUUUGUUAUGACAAUAUUAUAUAAAGAAAUUGCUGUAACUGGCUUUUCUAUCAACUUAUACCAACUAAAGUGUUACUUUAUUAUUGGUAAAAAAUGAAAAUUGUUAAGUUACAUUAUUUAUACUGAAUCUUAACUGUAUAAUUAUUGUCUUUACUUAUUUAAAACUUGUGCCUUAAGAAUAUUCAUAAGUUAAGGCAAUUUUUUUUAAACACAUUGAAUAGUAUUUUAUUAGAUCUUAAUUUUUUUUAUGUCACACAUUUAUCACACACAUAAUAUGUUCUUGCGAAAACAUAUUAAAUAUGUAAAUAUUUCAACAUUAUUUUAAAACAAAAUUAUGCCAUAGGUAUAGCUUUAAUGGGGUUCAAGCUCAAAUAUGCAAUUCGUGUGCAUCCAGAUGGUGAUUUUAUUUGUAUGAUGGUCAAAUACUAAGCAAUGCACUGCAUCGUUACUCAUACUAUCACUGUUUACAUAAAAGUUCAUAAUAUUUGUUAAUUUUGUUCUCUUAAUGUAUUACAAAUUUGAGUUUUGAGCCAUAUUAGAUAUACACGGUGUUGUGAUAUACUAAAUUUAGACCGAUUGACAGUUAUAAGUCAACACAUAAUAUAUCGGCAAAAUGAUUUUUGAACAUCUAUUUUAUUAUCAUAGAAAAACCAAAGAAAUAGUUUUGUGUGGAUCUCAGAUGUCUUCAAAAUAUCAGCAACACUGUAUAUUAUAUUAUAUACUAUUACAUUCCAAAAUUAUAUGUUAUUUAAAUUGCAAAUCAGAUAAAUCGAUAGUAAUAAGUGUGUAAUUGUAGAUUUUAAACUAUCUAUAUAUUUAUUGUAACGCUUUCAAUAAUUGAGUUGCAUAAUGUAUGUUUUGUCUAAAUAAAUUUGUAAAUUUAAUUAAA